UCCUCCCUCCUCACAUCCCCACUUCCCCUUCAUCUCAACUCCCCACACCACCAACAACAACAACGUCACCAACACCAGCAACAAGAUCUUCUAUCGAGACACACACCCACACACAACACUCUUCAAUCAACGUCGACGAGAACAACCUUCCCUCGCGACUUGCCGUCUCAUUGGUCCCCCCUCCAUUCGACCAGAGAGAGAAGGAGCACAAACCCCUUCCUCGUUGCCCCUCCACAGUCACAUUCUUCCUUCACCCGCCAUGGCGUCUACGUCAGCACCACCCCAGGGCGACUACCGCGUCGGCCUCGUCCGCCCUCCAAAGGACAUGCGUCCUCAGACCGAGGAUGUCACCGCCACCCAGGGUUCGUCAUUCGACGACUUUGGUCUGAAGCGCGAGCUUCUUAUGGGUAUUUGGGAGGCCGGCUUCGAAAGACCAUCUCCGAUCCAAGAAGAGGCUAUCCCUAUGGCUCUUACCGGCCGCGACAUUCUUGCACGAGCAAAGAACGGAACUGGCAAGACUGGUUCCUUCAUCAUCCCCACUCUCAACCGCGUCAACACUUCCCUCUCCCACAUCCAAGCCGUCCUUCUCGUCCCCACUCGUGAGCUGGCGCUCCAGACAUCACAGGUGUGCAAGACCCUCGGCGCCCACAUUCCCGGCCUUCAGGUCAUGGUUACCACUGGUGGUACCACAUUGCGAGACGACAUUCUUCGUCUCCAGGAACCUGUUCAUAUUCUCGUUGGUACCCCCGGUCGUAUCCUCGACCUCGGCGGCAAGGGUAUCGCCAACCUGAGCAAGUCUGGCAUCUUCGUCAUGGACGAGGCCGACAAGCUCUUAAGCGAGGAGUUCACUCCUGUCGUCGAGCAGCUUCUCGGCCUCUGCCCCCGCGAGAGGCAGGUCAUGCUCUUCUCCGCCACCUUCCCCGUCCACGUCAAGGACUUCCGCAACCGCAACAUGGUCCAGCCCUACGAGAUUAACCUCAUGGACGAGCUUACUCUCAAGGGUGUCACCCAAUACUACGCCUAUGUCGAAGAACGGCAAAAGGUCCACUGUCUCAACACGCUCUUCUCCAAACUCCAAAUCAACCAGUCCAUCAUUUUCUGCAACUCUACCAACCGUGUCGAACUUCUUGCCAAGAAGAUCACCGAACUUGGCUACUCGUGCUUUUACUCGCACGCCAAGAUGCUCCAAUCCCAUCGCAACCGUGUCUUCCACGACUUCCGUCAGGGCAUGACCCGUAACCUCGUCUGCUCUGAUCUCCUCACUCGUGGUAUCGAUAUCCAGGCCGUCAAUGUCGUCAUCAACUUCGAUUUCCCCCGCACUGCUGAAUCAUAUCUCCAUCGCAUUGGUCGUUCCGGUCGUUUUGGUCAUCUCGGUCUCGCCAUCUCUCUCCUCACUUAUGAGGACCGCCAAAACCUGUAUCGCAUUGAAACCGAACUGGGCACUGAAAUCCAGCCCAUCCCUGCUGUCAUAGAUCCUGUCCUGUAUGUUGCUCCCUCCGCUAUUGAGGAGCCCACCCCUCCGCCCCGUGCCGCCCCGCCUGCCACUCGCCCUCCCCCUCAGCAGCGACAGGCUGCUCCCCCUGCCGCCUCGCAGCCCGCUGCCCCCGCCCAUGCCCCUGUCGCCCAGCCUGCUGCCCACCCUCCUGCCGCAGUCGUGGCUGCUGCCGCUCGCGACAACCACCAGAACGCCCCCGCCGGACUCGCUCCUCCUCCCGCCGCUGUCGAGGGACAGGCUCAGGCCGACGGCCAGGCCCGUUCGAGGGAUAACUCUCGCCCUUCAAGCAGCAACCGCGGCGGUCGCGGCCAGCCUCGUGGUGGCCAGGGCCAGGGCAACAACAACAACCGCCCUCGUGGCGGAAACACGAACGGUGGUGGCAACAGGGCCCCCCGCCAGCAGGGCCAGACGCCAAGCGCGCCUGCGGCAUAGACAACGACGAAGAGUUACAUGUCAGAAGUUAAAGGCAACGCUCAAUAGGGAGCUUGCCACGAAGAAGAGAUAGUAGAGAGAGGCGUUUACCUGCUGGGGAUUCAACUCGCCAGCGAUCAGAGGAUGUGGGGAGAGGAGUGCGAGGUGAAGGGGUGUCGCCCUUUUUCUUUUCAGCCACAUGUCUAGUUGUAGUGCUCUGAAGCCACCAGGGCAAUGCAUGAGAUGUUGGGUGA